AAUAAUACACCUACAACUAUAAUAGAUCUUCGAAGUGAGUUGGAUGCAUCACAAGCACGUUUAGCUGAAGCUCAAGCACGUCUACUAGCUAAUGAAGCCGAACGUAUUCAAAUAUUGAAAUCAUGGCAAAAUGAACUGAUCAAGCAAUCUCAAUUAAUUAAUGCAAGUAAAGCGGUCUGUAAUAAUUCACCAAUUCCUCAAUUUUCAUCUAAUUUACAUUUAACAAGUACAGAAAGUAAUUUACACUGUAAUCCUGAUGAGAAUGACUUUAAUGAAGGUGGACCUAGAUCAAUAUCAGUAAUACCUUUACUAAAUUCAAGCGGAUUGAGAUCACAAAAUUACUCCGAAAGUAUCUAUGAUUAUGAUGAUAGUGAAUUGAUGAAUAAUACUGAACCAAAUAAACAAUACAUUACUGAUACAAAUAUUCAAUCAUAUAAUAGUAAUGGGAUUAGUCGAAAUUUUGGCUUACAUGCAUCAUCUCCUAGCUCAUAUAUAAAGUCAUUAAG